AUGAUCUUCCACGGCCGUCAUUUUGGAUCGUACCCUCCAUCAUUUCGAUCCACGGUUUGCACAGCUGUGCUAACCCCUGUGCUUUCCCAUGGAACUGUGUGGCGAGACGCCGCCUGCUCGGACCCGGACACAGCACCUCAGCAGCUUAUCUCCCAAUCCCAUCUGUCAACUCUUCCUCUUCCCUUUCUUCCUCAACUCCAACACCAUCUUCACAGUUCCACCACAGACUUAGCCACCCAGUUUCAAUUUCAACUACAUACUUUGUUGCAACAGCUACCAAGAAACACUACGGUAAUGGCUCAGCAAACGAUUCGUGAUGAAGCCUUGACCAAGGAGGAGGUUGACCUCCAAGACAAGAAAGACGCCUCCGACAACUCGACACCAGUGAAAGAUGUCAAGGGAAAAGGCAUAGCAAAAGAAGCCGGCCCAGACGACAAGCAAGUCGAAAACGACGAGCCAUAUGACCCUUCGCGCGAUGCCUUCAUCCUCAAAUACAUGGAGCGGCACCUCAAGCGUAAGGCGCUCAAGACAUGCAACUUCACCCUUGAACACCUGAAGUCGACGAAAGCCGAAACGGAUACGCUAAAGGCUUCGAACGAUCGUACGGACAUUAUUGUUCCAGAAACUGUGGCCUUUAUGGACAGGGAAAGAACGCGGUGUGACGUUGAGAUUGCCAAACUUGAAUCUCGCAAGGUACGGCUGGAGCAGGAGCUGGCAGUGGUUCAAAACGGUUUUGAAAAGCUUUCGAUGUUGAGGCGCAAGAGCCAUUAG